AUGAGAUCUUCCAUCUUAUUAAUUCUUCUUUUGUUAUCACAAACUUCUUCACUGUGUUUAUCAAAACCAAUCAGACAGGAGGGGGUGAGCCCAACUCCCAGAAACACAAUCAGACAGUUCCUUCUUCCCCACAACAGAAUCAGAGCAAAGCUUGGCAUUCCCCCACUCAAAUGGAGUCCCAAGCUGGCUGGCUAUGCAAGCCGGUGGGCCCAUCAACAGCGGCAAAACUGCGAAUUGCUUCAUUCCGGUGGUGACUAUGGCGAGAACCUUUUCUGGGGAAGCGGGACCGACUGGGAACCAGGUGAUGCAGUUGCAGCAUGGGCUAAGGAGAGACUCUAUUAUGACUAUUCAUCAAAUACUUGUAAGCAAAACAAAGAUUGUUGGCAUUAUACACAAGUAGUUUGGAAGGAGAGCACGAGAGUUGGGUGUGCUAAAGUUAUAUGCAACACUGGGGAUACUUUGGUUAUUUGUAACUAUGAUCCACAUGGUAACGUUAUAGGGGAGAAGCCUUUCUGAUAAUAUGUUUUAUAAUGUUGUAAAGCUAUAAAUUUUAGGAAAAAGGGUUAAAUUGGUCCCCUAAG